UGCUCCUGAUUGGGCGGCAUGCCGCAACGCGCGCGACCUUUACACACAAACUAUCCGGAGACCAGAUCCAGUCCUCUCUGUGCUCCGGGAUCGUAAACCGAAGCUCGGGGCGUGGAGGGGGGGCAGGAGAGACUUUGGGCUCGGCCAUUUGUAAGGAGCGAGAGGCUGGCCGCGGGACCUGGGGCACUUGCAGCUGAGCGGCGCUGCGGCCGCGUCACCGUUGGCUUGUGGUUACGGUGCACUGACCGCAUUCACCUUGGUUCCCCAACUCUUGGCCCAGAGGCCAACAGCUGCUGAGAUUGAAAAAUACCUGCAGAGAAGAGAGGAAGAGGCUGCAGUAGAAUCAAGCAAACCUCAUUCCCUGAGAGGCCUCCGGGAGAAGGAUAGUUUCCUGCUUCUUCAAGUCGGCUACCAAAAUCGGUUAUUUCGCGCCUAUCCCCACAGCUUCGGAAUUGCUUCCCCAUUCCGCAAGAGCACGGGGUGACAAAGUUAUGGAGAAGCGCCUGCAGGAGGCCCAGCUAUACAAGGAGAAGGGGAACCAAUGUUACCGGGAAGGGAAAUACCGGGAUGCUGUGAGUGGAUACCAUCGAGCUCUGCUUCAGCUGCGGGGUCUGGAUCCAAGUAUGCCCUCCCCGAUUCCUAAUCUAGGGCCUCAAGGCCCGGCCCUCACACCUGAACAAGAAAACGUACUGCAUACCACCCAGACAGACUGCUACAACAACCUGGCUGCCUGUCUCCUUCAGAUGGAACCUGUAAACUAUGAACGGGUGAAAGAAUACAGUCAGAAAGUCCUGGAACGACAGCCUGAUAACGCCAAGGCCUUGUAUCGGGCCGGAGUGGCCUUUUUCCACCUGCAGGACUAUGACCAGGCUCAGCACUACCUCACGGCUGCUGUCAACAGGCAGCCAAAAGAUGCCAACGUCCGGCGGUACCUUCAGCGAACACAGUUGGAACUCAGCAGUUACCAUCGGAAAGAGAAGCAGCUCUACCUGGGCAUGUUUGGUUAACAAAAGAAGAAAGCGACACCUCCACUUGAACUUGAGGGAACCAUUAAAGACCCAUCAAGGGGAAACUGAGCCUCGGCCAGAGAAAUUAACCCCAUACCUUGGACUGAGGUGGACCUCCGUUUUGUUUCUAGUUCUGCACAUGCUCUUUAUUGCUUACAUAGUCUGUGUCUGUUGUUGUCUAUCCAUCUAUGUAUUUAUAUGGCUUUUGGGGGGGGGGAGGGCCUUUUUAGAGCCGCACCCAUGGCAUAUGGA